CGAAUGGAGUAUCGGAGGAGGGGGUAUGUUUAAAAUUAGAUAUAAUAUCAUGCCAAGAGAUAAAGAAUUUGAAAAAAUAUUACAAGAAGCGGAAGACCCUAAGAAUAUCGGUCAAGGCUCGCAGGCUUUACCUCGCAAUGCUACUUCUUUACAAAAGGCUAAAUAUAAACUUUGCCGGCAACUACUUUCUUAUCAAAUAAAAAACAAGUUAACCGACCCAGAAAUGAGAAAAAAAACCAACUUGUCCCAAACUGAAUUAGAAGACAUUUUAUUCUAUCGCCUUGGAAAAGUAAACUCCGAAGUUUUAAUCGAAACAGUUAGCCGUGUAUUUGCUCCUUGUGAAAUAGAAAUUAUUGUUAAAGAAAGUAAAAAUCUACAUGCCCGAGCUGUUUAA